AAAUAAGCAGGGCCUUAUUUGUCUCGUGUUGAUCAUUGUGAUGACCACCACCUCAACUGGACAUGGCGGUAUGGCACCGACGCUGCCAACAAGCCAUGCAUGCUAUACAUCAUUUUCUUUCUUUUUUUCAUUUUUAGGGAGGAACUAUAUAGCAUAUUAUUAUGAAUACAAAGCAUGACACUCCACCCACAUGGUAGCCGCACGGCAUGGUACUGUGUGUGGCAAUAAAAAGGACCUCUGAUCAAGCCUCAUUUCGCAUCGGCGGACAUGGUGGUGGCCGUGCAGCUGGCCGCUCUUCUCGCGCUGCUGCUCGCGCUGUGGCGCCUGGUGUGGCGGCCGCACGCCGUGGCGCGGUCGUUCGCCAGGCAGGGCAUCCGGGGCCCGCCCUACACGUUCCUGGCAGGGUCCUUGCCGGAGGCGAAGCGGCUGCUGAUGGCCGGCCGGAGAGGGACGGCGCCCCUGGACGCCGGCUGCCACGACAUCAUGCCCGUCCUCUUGCCGCAGUUUCACAGAUGGGUCGCGGACUAUGGGAGAACGUUGCUGUUCUGGAUCGGGCCGAUUCCCGCUGUCUUGUCUACUGAUCUACAGCUGAUUAAGCAGGUUCUGACAGACAGGACGGGCCUGUAUCAGAAGGACUUCAUGAUCCCCGUGCUCAAGUUCCUCUUCGGCAACGGUGUCAUAUUGAUAAACGGAGACGAUUGGAAGCGGCACCGCAAAGUGGUCCUCCCUGCGUUCAACCAUGAGACGAUCAAGAGCAUGUCGGCGGUGACGGCAGAGGUAACGGAGCAGAUGAUGCAGCAAUGGCGCGGCCAGAUACACGGAAGCGAAGAGGAAUCCGCCGAGAUAGACAUGAUCCACGCCUUCAACGACCUGACCUCCAAGGUCAAUGGCCGCGUCGCCUUCGGCACGAGCCACCGGGAAGUCGAGGAGGUCAUUGUACUGAUGCGGGAGAUGCAGAAGCUCGCCACUGCGGCCACGCUCGAUGCUCCAAUACUCUGGUAUCUGCCAACUCGGCGUAACCUGCACGUCCGGCGUCUGAACAAACAGCUGAGAAGCAAGAUCAUGUCCAUCAUGCAGGCGCGGCUGGCCGCCGACGGAGCUGAUAGGCGUGGUGGGCGCGGCGGCGCCGUUUCCGGCGGAGGCGACCUACUUGGGCUGUUGCUAGAGGCGUGGACGCCGCAGCCGCAGCACGGGAACGGCGGCGAGACGCUGACAACCGACGAGGUGAUCGACGAGUGCAAGACCUUCUUCGCCGCGGGGCAGGAAACCACAGCUACGCUCCUGGUCUGGGCCAUGUUCCUGCUCGCCGUGCACCCGGAAUGGCAGGACAAAGUCAGGGAGGAGGUCGUCAGGGAAUUCUGCACCAGCGACGACGGCGAGGUUCCCCAUGCCGAUGUCCUCGCCAAGCUCAAGCUGCUAUACAUGGUGUUGCUGGAGACGUCGCGGCUCUACCCGCCGAUCGUGUACAUACAGCGGAGGGCUGCCUGGGACGCCGUCCUUGGAGGCAUCAAGGUGCCCCAGGGCACCGUCAUCUCCAUCCCCAUUGCCAUGCUGCACCGGGACAAGCAGGUCUGGGGCCCCGACGCCGAUGAGUUCAACCCGAUGAGGUUCGAGCAUGGCCUCACAAAGGCCGCCAAGGAUCCCAAGGCGCUGCUGUCUUUCUCCCUGGGCCCAAGAGUGUGCACUGGCCAGAGCUUCGGCAUCGUAGAAGUGCAGGUCGUCAUGGCGAUGAUCCUCAGGAGGUUCUCCUUCUCCCUCUCCCCAAAGUAUGUUCACAAGCCCAAGUAUCUCCUGUCCUUGACACCCAAGCUUGGGAUGCCUCUCAUCGUCAGGAAUGUGGAUGGCUGAGAGGGAUAAUAUUGUAAAAGCUCGUUUUGUGUGUGAAAAUGAAUACAUGACUAGUGUGUGACAAAUGGUACUCUCUUUGUGUUACUACUGCUGUAACAAGCCCGACAGAAGAACCAUCCAAUGCAGGCCCACGAAGGGGAUCCAGUCUGCGCCGGCCUAGUACUCGGCUUAGGGAGUUUGUGUGAGUUGUAAUUGAGAUAUAAGGGAAUAUUGAUUAGGGAAAAGACAUCAGACUUGUAAUAAGAAUUCUGGACAGACUGUCGCUCUGCCUAUCUACUCUGCCAUCUACUCUUCUUCC